UCGAAUUGGAGGGAGCAAAACAAGAUUUUGAUUUCAUGUUGUGGGUGUAAAUCAAAAAGUUUAGCUAAAUAUUAAGCUUGUAUCGCAGAGAUGAGUCAAUUUGCUGCUCCGCCCAAGUGGCGCACAUCAGCCAGCGUUAUCCUGGUGUCCAAAGAUGUCGGCAAAAGCGAGGAUUACCAGUUGCUAAUGCUAAAACGCAGCGAUGCCACAGCGGUAAUGGUGAACCAGACCGUGUUUCCCGGUGGUAUUCUGGAUACCGAGGCGGAUGAGAACGUGGCCUGGCUGCAGUACUUCGAGGAGUUCGGGGUCCCGCAGGAGGCACUGCGCCGCCUGGUGCUCAACCGCGACGAUCGUCCGGCAAUCCUAGCGCCCCAGGGCACCGGCUGCUACGAUCGGUUCUUCAAGCGUUCCCGCAUUUGGGCGCGGGAGAUUACACUGCGGCUCACCGCUGUGAGGGAGUGCUUCGAGGAGGUGGGGCUGCUGCUGUGUCGCAGUCGCAGCCAGUUGGACUUCAGUGCAGUGACCUGCGUUCAGGAUGUCCCCGAUCUGGAGGCGUGGCAGCGCAGGGUGCACGACAAACCCGGCGAGUUCUUGAACCUCUGCCGGGAGCUCAAAGUUGUGCCGGAUUUGUGGGCCCUACAUGAGUGGUCCGCCUGGGCAAGUCCAGGAUUUAUAAAAAAGGGCUACGAAACGGUUUUCUUUAUGGCCUUUGUGGAUAAGCGUCCCAAAUUGCUGGAAGAACCUUCCGAGGUCAAGGAGUCGCUGUGGCUGACACCGCUGGAACUCCUGCGACUGGCCGAUCUCGGCGAGGUUUGGUUCCUGCCUCCACAGUUAUACGAAUUGUCACGCUUAUUGGGUAUCAAGGAUUAUAAGAGCAUGCUGGAUUUUGCCAUCAAGCGUAGUGGUCUAGGCACUACCAUGUACUUGCCGGUGGCUUAUGACUGCGAAGGAUCUAUGGUUUAUGUUUUACCAGGUGAUGACUUUUACGUCCCAGAGCCGCAUUUGGUUAACGAAAUCAUCACUUUCCCUGGCUCGAAGGAUGAAUUUCGAGCUCGUUUAAAGCACCUGCAUCGAUAUGCCUAUGGGCCUUCAAUUCGAAGCUUGGAGUUGAACAUUCCACCACCCAAUGGACACUUAAGACCGCUUCAAUUCCAUCUGGAGCGCCAGAAGCUGUAAUCACAGACCGCAGCUGGCCGGCCAGCGACGCGUGUGGUGACCCCAGCUGCUAAGCUCUGAUAAGAUGCUAAGUGUGACCUCUGAAAUGAGGCAGUCACAAAUUGUUGUUUUGAAAUUAUUCUAAGCGGCUUUAGCCAGCCAUCAAAUUAUCAAGACGCUGGCCCUGAAGGGCAUUAAUUAUUGUUUUAUGGGAGAAAUUUUAAUUAAAAAAUGUACAGUUUAAGUUAAA